AUGGCUACGGAAGAUGACGAGACGAAGCCGUUGAUUUCUGUAAACGAAACCACAAUUCGGAAAGUCUCCUUCAUCCGUGGAGCGGUCCCCUGUGGAAUCAUCAUGAUGCUGUAUUUCUUAUCUGGCUUCAUCUUCAUUUCUUGGAUACCACAGUACGUGCAUCAGCGGCUCUACGAAAGUUACACCAACUCGUCCAGUAAAAGCAACCACUACGUGUAUAGCUGUAAUCGAACAGAGAGCGACAACAAUACACUUUUGGAGAUAAAACUCCAGAAGGAGACCUCGGAGAGAGUCGUGUACUACUCCUAUGCAAACAGUCUGCCUACCCUCCUCGUGAACCUGGUUAUGGGAUCCUACUCCGACAGCAUCGGAAGAAAACUGUUUUUCGUGAUUCCAAUAAUCGGAUGUUUGGGCAAAGGUGUAGUGUCCAUGUUGGUGGUGAAGCUAAAUUUGGAUCUGAAUUAUUUUUACCUUGCCUAUGGACUGGAGGGAAUAGGGGGUUCGUUCUCGACCUUUCUCUUGGCGACGUACGCCUACACUGCUGAUAUCACUCCACCGAAGAACAAAAGAACCCUGGCUAUUGCCGCGCUGGAGGUGUUGCUUGCAACGGGUACGAUCUCUGGAAAAUUCGCAACUGGACUUCUUAUUAAAUCAACGGGCUUCUUCUUUCCCAUGGUGUUAAACUCAGGGUUGGGGUUGCUGACAUUGUUAUUUGUGAUUUUCUUCUUGGUGGAGACUACACACGGCUCUGAGGAUUCGGGGAAAUCGCCUCUAAGUCACUUAAAGAAUGUCUUCGGCUUCUACCUCUUAACCGGGAGCCGUCGGCGCCGACUCCAGUACGUCAUUGUGAUGCUGAUAUUCUGCCUUGGACUGGUCGGCAGAUUUGGUCGCGAUAAUACCGAGACAUUGUACGUCUUAAACCAGCCGUUCUGCUGGCUUCCCGACAAGAUCGGUUACUUUGGGGCGCUGCGAACCGGUCUCACUUCCUUGGUAACCAUGCUGUUUAUCAAAGCAUGUCUGACCUGUCUCAGAGACGAGUACAUCAUAGCCACUGGGAUGCUCGGAGAAAUCGGCGGACUUGUUCUGGAGGCGAUGGCGACGUCAGACCUGAUGAUGUGGUUGGUGCCCGUGGUUUCUAGCAGCGAGGCGACGUCGUCCCCGAUAACGCGCUCCAUGCUGUCGCGAAUGACGUCGCCGUCGCAGCAAGGGGCGGUGUUCGCGUCGAUCGCCACCCUGGAAACGAUCACCAAUUUCGUGGCGAACACCAUGUACGGUUUAAUAUACAGCGCGACCGUGGGGGGCAGUGUUAGAGGGGCCGUGUUCUUGAUCAUGUCCGUGUGGCCCUUCCUCGCAAUCGUAGCGUCCAUUUCGCAUGUGUUUGUAGCAGAGAAGGAAACUGAAGACACGGUGGUGGUCGUUGAAGAUCCAGGAAAACAAAACGUAUCUUGUUAAUUAUAGAACUUACGCGCGAAUGCUGGACUUUUAUCAGUAGGGGGUCUAGAUUGUUACGAGUGGUUUUUUUUUUCUUUUUUUUUUUUUCGUUUUUUUUGGGGGGGGGGGGGGGGGGGCAGGCUCCUCUGAAAAAUGUAUUGAACAAACACAUUUGUUUGUGCAGGGACCGGUUUCGAUCCCCACACACCCUGCCCACGCGCCUGGGGCUAGUUAGGAGUUUAUAUUGUUGAGGACGCAAAUAUUGGGAGGCACACCCACUUGUCUAUGAGUCGUAUUAUAGGGCGACAGGCAAAAGUAAAAGGUGGCAGAAAAUAAGUAUCAUUCGGGGAGGCAUGCUCCCCUCACACCCACGCCCACACUCGCAGCAGUGGAUCGAUAAUUUAUCUGCUAAAUGACAUAACAUGUUGCCAGAAAAUACAAAUGUUUAAUUGACACUAACUGUAAUUUAUAUAACCAGCAACAUUGUUGUCAUGUCCAACUUGUUAUCUAUAGUUUGAUAUGUAAUGAAAUUAUGGCUACGUAGCCGUAAAUCAU